UUAGAUUAUUUAGUUCAGCAAUAAGCGAUAACAAUAGAACUUGUGCCUUUAAAAAGAGUAUCUAAAUAGUUAUUAAUUAAGAAUUAGAAAAUGCUUCUGAACUUAGUUAGAAAGGGUCUAGAAAACAGACUGACGCAUUUUACGCAUAGAAUGUCAUCACAACUGGUCAAAGUUCAAACUAAACAAGGAAUCAUUGUUGGUCAGCAAAAAACCUUGCCCAAUGGCAAUUUCUACCAAAGUUUUCAAGGAGUACCCUAUGCAGUUCCUCCACUUGGCGAAUUACGCUUUAAGUCUCCUCUGCCCUUGGAACAUUUUGGAGUUCCUGAAUUGAAUUGCCUGAAAGAGCGUGAUGUUUCACAUCAACGUGAUCCACUUACUGGAGAAGUCAUUGGUUCGGAAGAUUGUUUGUUUUUGAAUUUAUAUGUUCCUCAUAGUUCCAAAUCCAAAGCUUCUUCUAAAUCGCUUCCAGUUAUGGUUUGGAUUCAUGGUGGUGGAUUUUGGUUUGGCAAUGGUAACAGUGAUUACCAUCUGCCUUUGAGUCUAUUGCAAGAAGAUGUUAUUGUAGUUACCCUGAAUUAUCGCUUAGGGGCAUUGGGUUUCCUCUGUCUACCAGAAGAAGGUAUUUGGGGGAAUGCUGGACUUAAGGAUCAGCGUCUGGCUUUACAAUGGGUGCAAGAAAACAUUCAAACAUUUAAUGGCGAUUCAGAUAAUGUUACUCUAUUCGGUGAAUCUUCUGGAGCCUCAUCAAUACACUUACAUGUAAUGUCGGGACAUGCCAGCACACUGUUUCACAAGGCCAUUAUGCAAAGUGGCACUGCCAAUAUGGAAUGGGUUUUCCAAUCAAAUCCUGCCUAUAAAACACGUCGUCUAGCUGAACUAAUGAACUUCAAAACAAGCGAUACCAAGGAGCUGCUGACAUUUUUACAAUCGCCCAAAGUAACACCAUUAGAUAUUCUAGCAAAAACUUUACACGUAAUGACAUCAGAUGAGCGUAGACGUUGUUUACCUUCUUUCAUCUUUAAACCCGUUAUAGAAGACAACAAAAGUCCUGAUAGUUUUAUUAAUCAACCUGUACUGGAGAGGUUACAACAACCCAAUUCUAUUAAUAUUCCCUCAAUAAUGGGUUACAAUUCAGCUGAAGGUUUAGCUUUGAUGGUUCGUGCUUUAAAGAAAAUUGAAGAGUUUGACAAAGACUUUCAUAGGGUCGUCCCUAGGAAUAUACCCCUGGACCCAGAAGAUAGUGAAGUUAAAGAGAUCGCCAGAAAAAUUAGAAAUUUUUAUUUAAAUGGGAAAUCGAUAAAACCAGAUCUAUACAAUAAUUUUACAAACCUACUAUCAGAUUAUCAUUUUGUGGUGGACAUGCAACAUGCAGCCGCUUGUCAUGCAAAAUUUCAACCACAAGCACCAUUAUACUUUUACCGUUUUGAAUACGAUGGUGAUCGAAAUAUUUAUAAACGAUUGUUUCAACUGAGUAAUCUGGCUGGUGUUUGUCAUGCGGACGAACUUUUUUAUCUAUUUCAAAUGGCUGAUGAUGAUAUGCCAGUCUCCGAACGGGAUCAAAAACUAAUAAAACAAUUUAGCAAUUUAUGGGCUAAUUUUGCCAAAUACGCAAAUCCUACCCCACAAGACCAACCUCGAUUUAUAAAUUGCGAUUGGUUGCCUGUUAAGAAAAAUCAUAAAGCUGAAUUUUCUUUAGAUUAUUUAGCAAUAGACAAUACUGGCUGCCAAAUGAAAACAAAUCCUGAUCAGGAACGUAUGGAAUUCUGGCAAAAUAUUUAUAAAUUGUACACACCUACAGAUUUAUCACGUUUAAGUUUGAAGCUAUAAAUAAUAUGAAAUUAAAACACUUUUUUAUUACAUUUACAUUAUUAUUGAUUAUUUUUUUUAUCGAAAAAUAGGGCUUAAUAAAUUAGUAUUUCAUCUUAAUAAUUUAAUGAAUGUAUGAAUAGUUUUAAGUUAAUUCAUAUGACUAGUUGAGUUUUAUUUUUUCAUUAAAAUACCUAUAAUUGUACAAAUAAUAAAACACAAAAUAAAA